CCGAUACAUACACACAUACAUCCACCCAAGGAAAGAAAAGUAGAGAAAGAAAUAACUGAUAAUUACACAUAAAUCUGAUGCUCUAAAUUCGAUUAUUAUUACUGUCACUACGUUUUUCAAUCAUUCAAUAAUUCUCUCCAAAACUCAGCUUAAACCCUAUGAAUUGAUUUUCCCCCAAAUCAGGCGCUUCUUAAUUUUUCCUUGGAAAUCCCGAUCUCGAAACGGCUGUACCGUAGCUCUCAAUCCGGCUAAUGCGAUGGUGGUCUGUAAAUGCCGCAAGGCGACCAAGUUGUAUUGCUUUGUCCACAAGGUGCCCGUUUGUGGAGAAUGUAUAUGCUUCCCAGAGCACCAAAUUUGUGUGGUGCGAACAUACUCCGAGUGGGUAAUUGAUGGGGAGUAUGAUUGGCCUCCUAAAUGCUGCCAUUGUCAAGCUGUACUUGAAGAGGGAACAGACCCGCAAACUACAAGAUUGGGUUGUUUGCAUGUUAUACAUACCAGUUGCUUAGUGUCAUACAUUAAAAGUUUUCCCCAGCACACUGCUCCCGCUGGAUACGUCUGUCCAACCUGUUCAACCUCAAUAUGGCCUCCAGAAAGUACUAAAGAUUCAGGAUCACGUCUUCACUCAAAGCUGAAAGAGGCAAUAAUGCAGACUGGUUUAGAGAAGAACCUGUUCGGAAACCAUCCAGUUUCAUUUGGAACGGAGUCCCGAAAUCCUCCACCUGCAUUUGCCUCAGAACCACUGAUGCACCCCUCUGUCGGAAAGGAUGCAGCCUCUAUUGCAACUGGCUCUGCAAGACCUGCAAGUUUGGAUAUAGUGGAGAUUGAUGGACCUAGCUUAGCAACAUCAUCUUUACCCAAUCAUGAACCCAGUUUCAUGAGAAGCACAAGUCCUACCGGUCCUGGUGCAACCACGCGAAAGAGUACACAACAAGUUGAAAGGCAGAACUCUGAGAUGUCAUAUUAUGCUGAUGAUGAAGAUGCGAACAGGAAGAAGUACUCGCGAAGAGGUACUUUUCGGCACAAGCUCCUUAGGUCAUUGUUGCCUUUCUGGUCAAGUGCAUUGCCAACACUACCAGUGACCGCGCCGCCAAGGAAAGAGACAUCGCAUGCAGAUGAUGCUUCAGAAGGUCGUGUAAGACACCACAAGUCUUCAAGAAUGGAUCCAAGAAAGCUCCUCUUAGUCAUAGCUAUCAUGGCCUGCAUGGCAACAAUGGGGAUUCUGUAUUACAGAAUUGCACAGCGUGGUCUAGGUGAAGAUUUACCUGAAGAUGAAAUGCAGUGAUCAACCUUGAAUAUUCUAUUUGGUCACAUGGUGAUAGUUGGACUAUCGUGUUAUAUCGUACUUGUGCUCUGCAUGCUCCAGUGUCAGAGAUAUUCAUCAUGAGAAACUUUGAGAAAGUUCCGUCUGUUCUGUCUGGAUGAUGCUGAACUCUUGAUAGUGCCUUUUGGGUUGUAGAAGAUAUUCGAUCUCUAGCAAUGACUACAUGUUACAUGUUUUAGUGUUUGUAAGCUUCUUUCUAUCUUCCCUUCUUUCCAGUCUCUUGCCUCCAUAUGGAUUCUAUUUGGAGUAUCUGAAGUGUACCCUUUUCAGUCAAUUAGACUGUAUUUGUCAAUCUUCCUCAUUUUUUAACCUGAAGAAAGAGAGUUUUUGACUUUCAGUUCAGUAAAUGAACGGAAAAUU